UUUCCUCGUCUCUCUCAGCCCGUAGUUUUCUCCCUACCUUCCAUUUCCCUCUCUUUUCUCUUCUCCAGUAUUAAUCUCUUCUCAUAUAUUAGACGUAUAUAUAGAUCAGUCUCGCUCUUGUCGGUCGUGCAAGCUUGGAGGCACCACAGACAACGAGGUCGAGUUCUGAGUAGCUCGAUCCUACGUUGUUGUAUUAAGAUCAGCCAUGAGGGAGAUCCUGCACAUCCAGGCCGGCCAAUGCGGCAACCAGAUCGGGGCCAAGUUCUGGGAGGUGGUGUCGGACGAGCACGGCAUCGACGCCAAGGGCGACUACGUCGGUGACUCCCGGCUGCAGCUGGAGCGCGUUGACGUCUACUACAACGAGGCCAGCGGUGGCCGGUACGUGCCGCGGGCGGUGCUCAUGGACCUGGAGCCGGGGACCAUGGACGCGGUGCGCACCGGCCCCUACGGCAAGCUGUUCCGCCCCGACAACUUCGUCUUCGGCCAGAACGGUGCCGGCAACAACUGGGCCAAGGGCCACUAUACCGAGGGCGCUGAGCUCAUCGACGCCGUCCUCGACGUGGUCCGCAAAGAGGCUGAGAACUGCGACCUCCUCCAAGGGUUUCAGAUCUGCCACUCGCUGGGCGGGGGGACGGGGUCGGGCAUGGGGACGCUGCUGAUCUCCAAGAUCAGGGAGGAGUACCCGGAUCGGAUGAUGAUGACGUUCUCGGUGUUCCCUUCGCCCAAGGUGUCGGACACGGUCGUGGAGCCGUACAACGCGACGCUGUCGGUUCACCAGCUGGUGGAGAACGCCGACGAGUGCAUGGUGCUGGACAACGAGGCGCUCUACGACAUCUGCUUCAGGACCCUCAAGCUCACCAACCCCAGCUUUGGGGAUCUGAACCACCUCAUCUCCACCACCAUGAGUGGCGUGACGUGCUGCCUGCGCUUCCCGGGGCAGCUCAAUUCCGACCUCCGAAAGCUGGCCGUCAACCUCAUUCCCUUCCCCCGCCUCCACUUCUUCAUGGUAGGCUUCACCCCGCUGACCUCCCGCGGGUCGCAGCAGUACCGCGCCCUCAGCAUCCCCGAGCUCACCCAGCAGAUGUGGGACGCCAAGAACAUGAUGUGCGCCGCCGACCCACGCCACGGCCGCUACCUCACCGCGUCCGCCAUGUUCCGCGGCAAGAUGAGCACCAAGGAGGUGGAUGAGCAGAUGAUCUCGGUCCAGAACAAGAACUCCUCCUACUUCGUGGAGUGGAUCCCCAACAACGUCAAGUCCAGCGUCUGCGACAUCCCCCCCACCGGCCUCGCCAUGUCCGCCACCUUCAUGGGCAACUCCACCUCCAUCCAGGAGAUGUUCAGGCGCGUCUCCGAGCAGUUCACCGUCAUGUUCCGCCGCAAGGCCUUCCUCCACUGGUACACCGGCGAGGGCAUGGACGAGAUGGAGUUCACCGAGGCCGAGAGCAACAUGAACGACCUCGUGUCCGAGUACCAGCAGUACCAGGACGCGGUGGUCGACGAGGACGACGACGAGUACGGAGACCAGGAGGCCGAGUAGAACUGAAGCGCUACGUUACUCCUGAAAACGAGGGCCAUAUGUUACUGCUACAUGUUGUCUAUUUGUGUCGUGCAUGGCUUCUGCAGAACAU